AAAAGAAUAUUAAACAGCACCGUUUCAAUACCCUAUCGCCUCUCUCCCCCCUCUUCCCCAUUAGAUCUGCGAAUCACUGUGAGUCUGUGCCUGAAAAGUGAAAACCCUACAUAAAUCUCAGUCCUGCUGUCUCUUUCUUCUUAGAUCUGCUUCGCCGGAAUUCUACUCUCGUCUUCCAUUCUCCGUCGCUUUCGGAGGUUCAUUCGCUUGUUUUGGUGUUUUCUUUUCGAGGAUUAAGCGUGCGGGAUUUACGGGUUUAUUCCUCUCGAUCUUCGCCGGAUCUUGUUCCGCGGGGUGUUUUCCUAGGGUUUUUCCCCAGAUCUUUUUCUUUCCUUGAUCUUGUGUUGAGCUUAAAGCAGUAAUGACAACUCCUUAUCCCGGUGCUGUUCAGGUGGGUUCGUACUUUGUGGGACAGUACUAUCAAGUGUUGCAGCAGCAGCCGGACCUUGUUCAUCAGUUCUACUCUGAUGCUAGUAAAGUCGUUCGCGUGGAUGGGGACUCCAGCGAGACUGCCUCUACGAUGCUGCAUAUUCACAACAUGGCCAUGACACUAAAUUUUACUGCGAUUGAAAUUAAAACGAUCAAUUCACUGGAGUCUUGGGAUGGAGGUGUUUUGGUGAUGGUUUCUGGUUCUGUGAAAACCAAGGAAUUCAGCAACAGAAGGAAUUUUGUGCAGACAUUUUUCCUCGCUCCUCAAGAAAAGGGUUAUUUUGUUCUGAAUGACAUCUUUCAGUUUAUAGAUGAUGGAACUGUCUUUGAUCAUCAACAUCUUUAUUUAUCUGAAAGCAAGCGAGAGGCUCAGCUGAAUUUUACUAGUUCUACUCCAGAACCACAAGUUCCUGACUACGUCUUGGAGCAAGAGGCAACAGACUGUGUGAACUCUGUCCAUAUAGAAGAUGGUCCAAUUGAUAAAUACAGUCUUCCAGAAGAGCCUCAUCAAGAAGACAUUGAAAAUGAAGUUGUGGUUGGGGAAACUCCUGUAGAGGAGGUUUCUGCUUCACAUCAAGUUGUGGUUGAGACGGUGCAUGAACCUCUAGCAGCACCAGCAGAGGAACCUAUUGGUGAAAAAUCAAAGAUGACUUAUGCAUCUAUUUUGCGAGUUGCAAGGGAGGCAACUGCAGUGCCAGCAAUUGCUACACAACAGUCUUAUAACAACAGCGCCCAAGCUACAAAUGAAUGGGAGGAAUCGCCACAGCCUUUGGCCCCUCAAGCUACGCUAAACACAUCUGUGCCUCAUCCUGGUGGUCAGCAAUCAAACGCUUCAUUCCCAUAUGUGCCUGAUUAUGGAGCAGAGGCUGAAGAUAGCUCGGGAUUUGAAGACUUUGAGUACAAAUCUGUGUACAUCAGAAACUUGUCUUCUGACAUAACUGCUGCUGAGAUUGAGGAAGAAUUUAAGAACUUUGGUGCAAUCAAGCCUGAUGGUGUUUUCAUCCGAAACCGCAAGGAUGUUGUCGGUGUUUGCUAUGCUUUUGUCGAGUUUGAGGAGAUGUUUGCUGUCGAGAAUGCUAUCAAGGCGUCACCCAUACUGUUGGGUGGAAGGCAAGUAUACAUUGAGGAACGCAGACCCAACCCGAGUGGUGUUCGUGGAGGAAGAAGAGGACGAGGAAGGGUUGGCUAUCCAGUUGAUGCCCCGAGAGGCCGGUUUGGUUCCCGUGCAUCUGGCAGAGGAAUCCACCCGGACAGUGGUGACUACAGGCCGAGAGGCAACGGUUAUUACCGCAGUUCUCGGUAAACAAAAUCUCUGUUUGCUGAUUUUCCCAACUACUUCCCCUCUACGCGCAGUAGUUUUGUAUUUUCCUGUGGCAGGGGUUGCUUUCGUUUAGAAGGUGAACGGUUUGGCCUUUAGGAAGAACCAAAAGAAGAUUUUGGUUAUAUAAUGUAUUUGUGGCCUUAGAUUUGGUUUUCGUUUAGAUUCAGGGUUUAACUCUUCCUCUCUCCUUGAGAUUGGUUUUUGUUGUUCCAAUUCCAAGUGGGAAAUAAGAAUUCUUUUUUUUGUUUCAUCUGGGUUUUGAAUUCGACUACAUGGUUUUUCUCCUUGGUUUCCUUCUGAUAAAAUCUUUGUCCCCAUCCCAUGGGAACAUCAACUUUUGUAAUGAACGAUUCAGUGUCAGCAUCUUGAUUCGAGUUUCAA